AGACGCUGAAAAGAAACCCGGCUAGACGCCUUGUGACGCACUUCCGACACGCUGAGCGAAGAAGAUGGCUGCGUCCCAGCAGGCUUCAGCGCCUUCCUCCGCUGCUGGUGUGUCGGGUCCCGGUUCGGCUGGUGGCCCGGGUACCCAACAGCAGCCGCAACCACCAACACAACUGGUGGGGCCUGCCCAGAGCGGACUUUUGCAGCAACAGCAACAGGACUUCGAUCCUGUACAGCGCUAUAAGAUGCUCAUCCCGCAGCUGAAGGAGAGUCUUCAGACUUUGAUGAAGGUUGCAGCCCAGAACUUGAUUCAGAACACUAACAUUGACAACGGACAAAAGAGCAGUGACGGACCCAUACAGCGCUUUGACAAGUGUCUGGAGGAGUUCUAUGCACUCUGUGACCAGCUGGAGCUCUGUCUGCGCCUGGCACAUGAGUGCCUGUCACAGAGUUGUGACAGUGCCAAGCACUCUCCAACACUGGUGCCUACAGCCACCAAGCCGGACGCGGUGCAGCCUGACAGCCUGCCCUACCCGCAGUACCUGGCAGUCAUCAAAGCGCAGAUUGCCUGUGCCAAGGAUAUUCACACCGCUCUGCUGGACUGUGCCAACAAGGUCACAGGCAAGACUCCUGCACCACCUACCGGCCCUGGAGGUGCCCUGUGAGCUGGCAGGGCUGGGAGUGGGGCAGGCUGUGUGGGAGGGAGACAGGGAGAGAAUGAAGAGUGGCCUCAAA